GCAGCUCUGCUUAACUCUGUCAACAACAACUUCUUCGAAUGCAAGUGCAUCGAUUGCAUCUGGUGCGGUUUAUUUUGCUUCGUUUUGUGUGAAUAAUAAGCGCGAUAUAUCAGUGCUUUGUCCUUGAAUGCAGCAUAGAAAAUAAUAGUUGCAUCCACGCUGAAAAGUGAUCGAAACAAAAAAUAUUUUGCCUAUUUACAGUUCAAAACAAAAAGUCAUGAGAUUCUCCCUUUAAUAUUGGGUAGUAUUGGUAUCCAUAAGCUUCUGCUAGCGUAGUAUGGUCAGUUUGAUCAGAAACUUUGGUUCGAAUACGUUUAACAUAAUUUUUCUUGUUAUUCGGAUUUCUAUAUAGGGUGGUAGAUUUUUUGAAGAUUCCUCAUUGAGAAUGGAUGACAAUAAUGCAAUGCUGGACCCUAUUUUGUCCGCUGAGGAAGACGACAGUUUCCGGCCGCUAAACACGGUGCCAGCCUUCAGCAUUCAUUUACUAAUUUCAAGCUGCAUCUCGCUAACGGGGAUAAUUCUUGCUGCCUGCUGGCAGGAUAGUCAACGAUGUGAAGCCUACUUUAUUAUGCUGUAUUUGAGGGCUGCAUUCUGGCUGAUAACUUAUCUCUUUGAUCGGUUCGUCAAAAUGCGACACGAAAAACUACGGUUGGAUGGAUAUCACGAGUUUUAUAGAUCUACUGCUCACCAUCGUUCCGUUCCGCUGCAAGUGGUAUCUCUAUGGAACACGUUCUUACUGGCUGUGCAGGCUCUUCUCCAACAUUAUUACGGCGAUAAUUUCACUGAGAAGUGCCUGGUGGUGGGUCUCCUAUCUCCAAUUGUUUACAUUACGAUGUUCUGCUCACUCGAAACGGUUGUGUUGUCUUUUGUACAUGGUACUUACAUUGCAAAAGUACUGCGUUUCAACCGAGCUGCUGCAGCCCCGGAUGCACUGCAGGGAAGCCGUGGCCAAAGCAGUGGUUCACUCGGGCUUACACAGCGGGGCUUGAGCACGACGGAGUUGUUAGAAAAACAAGCAGAUUUAAUCAAUUAUCUUAAAGAUCAUAACCUGAAGCUGAACCAGAAAAUCAUGCAAAUGAACGCUCAGGUGCGAACAGUAACGUUUCCCAGAUGAGCUGGAUUUGUUUACGGUACGAUUCAUCCAAAAUUCUGUUUUUUUUGUUGGUUUCUUCCUUUGCUUUUCCAAUUUUCUGUAGAGGUUAGUUGUUAGAAUGGUUGUCAUGUAAUUAUUGUAAACCAGAUGGUCCUGCUUUGCAUUUCUAAGCAUAUCCUGACACGCUCGAAUUUAUUUGAAAAUAUUUUAGGAGCUGUGUGAUUUUGGUAAAUUGUUUUGCGUGUAGCAAAAAAAAAGCAGCACUGAUUUGUCCACAAAUCAAAAAUCGAGAAAUAUAAAACUAGUUUGUUUUUACCGUAA